CAAUGAAUAUACGAAGCGGUGAGGCUUGAUAUUUUCUCUAUCCUCUUCUCCACAUUUCUCAUUCCAGUAUAUUCCACUCACCCUCGCAAUUCACAAACUACUCGAUCCAUCUCUCUUCCAUGGCUACACGUCAAAUUUUCCUUUUCCUCUGUCUCUGUUUCGUCGCUCUCUUCGUCUCCGCCGAUGGCCGCAGCGCCCACGAUGAACUGAUCAACUACGGGUUCCCAAUUGGACUUCUCCCCGCCAAUGUUGACUCAUAUACUCUCAACACUACUACUGGCGUUUUCUCGGUCCGGCUGGGGGGUUCCUGCCGCGUGACUCUUCCUCCCGACAACUACUUGGCCACCUACUCCAACAAAAUCACCGGUAAGAUCGUCGAAAACCGCAUUGCGGAACUCGAUGGUAUCAGCGUCAGGGCAUUCUUCAAGUGGUGGGGCAUCACUGGUAUCAGAUCCAACGGAGAGAAUUUGGUGUUUGAGGUUGGGGUUGUCACUGCCAAGUAUCCUUCCAAGAAUUUCGACAAGUCUCCCUUGUGUGAAGGCACCCGGUCUUCUUCAUAGAGAUCCAAAAGGUCUUUAGCUUAAAUCAUCAGAUAGUUCAGAUUUGUGCAACACCAAAGCAUUCUCUUCUGCUGAUGUUCUAAAUUACAUUAUGUCGAAUACGCAGCAAUUAGUUUGAUGCCUUGCUGCGGAAUUGGAUUAUUAUGUCUUCCAUUUAAUAAGCUAUGUAUAUAUUGGGUGACAUAGUGUAACUUUGACGAAGUUGCAAUGUGUAACAUACUUGGACUCUUUAUGCUAUGUUAUAUCAAAGCUAGUGAACUAUUGGUUGGUGAAUUGAUGUACUUAAACUUCU